AUGAACUCUCUCCGAGCGGAGAUGGACCAGAUCCUCACGGAGACUCGUCAGGAAGCAAUUGCGGAGACCCUGAAGGCCUGGCGUGAGAACUUACGGCCGGACGAAGGCGUACAGCUGCUGGAGCGCAUGGCAGCAGGACCUCCAAGUUCCUCGCACUUCGACUGGCCCAGCCUUGGCCUCUCCACGAAGCUGAGCUCGUCGCCCAUGUCUGCGGUGCUCAAGGCCGUGAACCAAAUGGAUCCUCAUCGCAGGUGUGCGCGUGCGCCUCUUUUCCUGCUUCAAGCGUUCAAAAUGUUCCUCAAGCUGGAAGCUCAGCUCUUGGCAUUCCUCCUCGUCCCCGGAUUUGCUCUUCCGGAGGAUGAGUGUUCCGGCGACAAGACGUGCUCUGUUCAGGCACUACAGAUGCGCCACUCGAAGAGCACGCUUCUGGAUGAGGAUGCAUGCAGUGGCACCGCGGAACUCCCAUCUUCCGAUGACCUCUGCUACACGGGUUCGUUCCUUGUGGAAAAGUUCUUUGUGAAGCUCUCAAAGCAGACCGCAACAAGCGGCAGCGUUGACCUUCAGGCUGUCGGGCCAAAGACGACCACUUGCAACGGUGCACAGUUCCAGCAAUCGGGAUCAGACAUUACGGUGGAAGAUACCACGGACUGUGGGCUUGUUCCUGGCACAGACUACACCGUCAAGUACUGCUCCAACCAAGACGAGAUUGUCGUGCACAUGCUCAAGCCGAUGGAUGUGAGUGUGGUGUUGAGCCGCACUCCGUGUGCUGAGGCCAAGCCGCAGCUUCAAGCACUCAUGGAGGAGCACGCAGUCUCCGAGUCUGAGCGGGGCUGCAGCGGCUAUGGAACCUUCCCCAGGGGUGGAGUGUGCUACUCCGGGGCGUUCCUGGUCGAGUCUCUCUAUGCCAGAGUUGUGACGCAGGGUGCCCACCACGGAUAUGUGAACAUGAAAGCUGUUGGGCCAAAGCACGGCCAGUGCUUUCAUGCCGGCUACAGCCAGCAUGGGCAGUACAUCAGCGUGAACGCUGCCAAGUGCGGCUUGAGUGGCAUGUCGUACACGAUCAGGUACUGCCCCGACCAGGAUGUCAUCAAUUUGCGGAUCACCGCUCCCUUGGCGGGCAACGUGGUCAUGCGGCGAUCCGGCUGUUCGGGCGUCCUCCUCGAACAAAGCCAGGCCAUCGCAGAGCCAGUUCUGCCUUCGCCGAUGGGUUUGCGGCCGCCUUCUUGGGUACAAGACCUGCUCAAGGGCAUUCGGACUCGUCCCGCUCCCCGUCCCACCGUCGCCAUCGGCGGCGAGACCCGCCCCUGCUCCGUGGAAGUCGAGGCCCGCCUGCUUACUUUGUCCGGCCCUUGCAACAUCCUCCGGCUGCUUGGUUGGCGGCGGCACCGACCGCCCCAUCCCGGCCCGAAUCUGCGUGGGGCUCAACUCUCGGGCGGCUUGAAGUAUCCUAAGUCACACUAUGCCGGAUCCGCCAUCGGGAAAUUAGGCGGUGUGAUAACAGCCCGUCCGGUGCUGCCUCCUGGAAAGGUCCCGGGCCUCCGCAACACCACAGCGGAUGGCCUCAGCCGCGACCGGGACCCUUCGUCAUUUGAACUUCAGCCUGGUGAUGAGGUUGAAAUCCCGCGGUACACCAUAGCACCUUUUUUCCGGCUCUGGAUUCUUGAACUUGGUUGGGUGCUUCCCCGGAACGGGUACUCCGUCGCCCUCGUGGAGGAGCACGCAGUCUCCGAGUCUGAGCGGGGCUGCAGCGGCUAUGGAACCUUCCCCAGGGGUGGAGUGUGCUACUCCGGGGCGUUCCUGGUCGAGUCUCUCUAUGCCAGAGUUGUGACGCAGGGUGCCCACCACGGAUAUGUGAACAUGAAGGCUGUUGGGCCAAAGCACGGCCAGUGCUUUGGUGCCGGCUACAGCCAGCAUGGGCAGUACAUCAGCGUGAACGCUGCCAAGUGCGGCUUGAGUGGCAUGUCGUACACGAUCAGGUACUGCCCCGACCAGGAUGUCAUCAAUCUGCAGAUCACUGCUCCCUUGGCGGGCAACGUGAUGAUGCGACGAUCCGGCUGUUCGGGCGUCCUCCUCGAGGAAAGCCAGGCCAUCGCAGAGCCCGUUCCGCCCUCGCCCGUGGCCGUGCAGCCGCCGUCGUGGAUGCAGCAUGGGGUCAGCACUGCUGUUGCCUGCAGUGGCGAGAAGGCCCUUCCAAGUGACAGCGAACUGUGCUAUCAAGGCACUUUAUUGGUUGAGACACUGAGUGUUCGGGUCCUGGAGCACACGGAGAACGGUGGAACCGUCAACAUGAAGGCAGUGGGUCCUCAACAUGGGGAAUGUAAGGGUGCGGUCUUCCACCAGUCGGGCUCCAACUUGACGAUCAAUGAUGCCAAAGGUUGCGGCCUAGAUGGAGCAGAGUACAAGGUGCAGUACUGCUCGGACCAGGAUCAAGUCGUUGUUCGCUUCGUCAAGCCCAUGCAAGUGGACGUGGCACUGGCGAGGGCAAAGUGUGAAGCAAGCCUCGCUUAG